UCAUGGCAAAUGCCAUAAGAGAGUGGUUUCAAGGAGUUGAUAAAAAAGUAUUAAAUUUUCGAUGGAAAAGGUUAUUUAACAUUCUUCACAGAUUUGGUGUUCAUUUGACAAUAGCAGAAAUCAAACUUCUUAUUUAUCUAACAGGAAAUGCUAUAGAUGAAACAACAAAAUUAAGAAUUAAAAAUGGCAAAGAUUUGAUUUUGGCUUUGGUGAAAUGUGGAGCUUGUGACGAAAACAAUUUUCGUAGUAUAAUUCACUUAUUGAAAUGUAUUAAUCGUUAUGACUUACUGCAUCUAGUCAGUGUGAAAAGUAAGCGAAAAGUUUUACCAGAUCCUGUUGAACACUAUCUACUCCAUUCAAGUCAACUUAAAAGCAUUAAUGAUCAGGUUUCAAGACCAACCUCUUGUUUAAGUUCAAGUUUCACAACAGAAAGAGAACCAUCAACCACAUUAGAAACAAGAGUUGAAAGAAGUCAAAACAGGGAUGAUAUAGAUUCACCAGUAAAAAAACUAAGACGAAGCCCAAGAUAUCAAAAAACAAAAGAAUCUCAUAAACCUGAACUAGAUGACCAGACAGAUUUCCCUUCAGGUGCUAGGAUUAAGUAUACAAGUGAUGUUCGACUAAGGGUGAGAGCCGAGUACUGCAAUUAUGAAAAUGCUCUUCAAGGAGCAAUAUCAUCAAACAAAGCAGAUCUAAUUGAACGUCAGCUGGAAUGUUUCUCCCAAGCAAACACCAUCUUACGUUCUCGAGACCUUGGAGACAUUGUGUGUAACAUUAGGUUCUCUGAAAUCACCUACUUGGAUGCAUUUUGGAGGGAUUACCUGAAUGGGGCAUUAUUGGAUGCAUUAAAAGGUGUUUUCAUUACAGAUUCUCUCAAACAAGCUGUUGGAAAUGAGGCUAUAAAACUUCUUGUAAACGUUGAUGAAGAAGACUAUGAAAGAGGAAGACGCACACUUCUCCAAAAUCUUUAAUAAGAACAAUGAUAGGUAUUCAUUCUUUUGUAAUAAUAAUUCAAAAUAAAACUAUUAUGUCAUUUGUAGGACUUUGCAGCAGCUUCCCAUGACUUGUACAUCAAUGUUUGUAGAUGAAUCUUAUUCAUCUAUUAACGUGGAAAACAAUAUUGGGUCUGAUGCAUUUUUUCUGGCCUCUAUGAUUGAGAUUGAAAUCUUCAUAAAGAUCAAGCUUAGAACUAUUCUGCAAUUUUGGCAUUACCAGUUUUUAUUCUAGCUGUUACUUUAUAGAAUCAGCUGCAAGAUUUACUAAUUCUAUAUUAAUUGAAUUAAUAUUGUACAACUAAAUGGAUUAACAAUAUUUUUUCUAACUUGCAUUAAUGUUUUGUUUUUCACUACGUUUAAAUAAUAAUUAAUUCAUUUGUUGAUUUUAGACACUUGUUAACUUGACCCUUCAUACAUUAUGUUAGCCACCUAAAUUUAGUUUUUUUAAACAAGGUUAAUUAAAAUAAUUAUAAAUAAAAAAUAUAUAUAUAUAUAUAUAUAUAUAUAUAUAUAUAUUCUACUUUUUCCACAACAAGGAUUGAGUGAACUUAAACUGCAUGUUAAGAAUGUGCCUCAUUAUGCCUUACACAAACUUCCAUUCCUAUCAACACCUCAAAUUACAUAGAUUUGUUCCUAGUAACUAAAUACUUCUCACCCAGAGGUACUUAUUUUCUUUGCCAUUUCACAGUAUAAAGUUUUUGACAGUGACUGACAAACACUUAUUUUAUUCAUUUCUGUCGAGACUUUUGCAAGUUAAGUGUUUUUCUAACAUUGUGAAACACUUUUUAUCAUAUUUUUUGUGAAGUUGGAACAGGUGUGAAUCGGUAUGUUCACUUGGAACUUUUAUCAUGUGCAUUACAUGUAAAAGAAACUGAUAAACAUAACAUACAUUUUCCAAAUAAUAUUGUGAAAUCUAUCAUAUGUUUAAAGUUUUGGAUGAAAGCCAGUUUCAAAUAAUUUCUUAACAGUAUUAAACUAUGAAAUAUGUCUAUUAAAAUUAUCUUCUAAAUGACUGAGUGAUUUCAUAUUUUUGUGUAGUUUUUGAAGAAAUUUGGAUGACAAUUAGGAUAACAGAUUUAUACUAUUCUUAUGAUUGAAAGAAAUAACUAUUUAAAACAUGGGUUCAUGUAAUAUCAAAGAAACAUAAACAGCAGUUUUUAUCCACACACAAGUUUUGUCAUCAAAAUCCAAAUAAAAUUUUAAAUUAAAAAACUGAAAAUGUUUAAUAUGCUGAACCUACUGUAAUAUUCACUUCUUUAUGACAUAGUGUCCAUUUUGUGUAACUUUCAAAAUGUUAAUUAUAUUCUUUAUUUUGAAUUUUUCACAUUUAUAUACCAAAAUAUUCAUUCAUUUUUAUGAUCUGUACUUAAUUAUUGAGUAAUAUUAUUAGAAACUUCUUUAUUUUUUUGGAAUUCAUUUAGAACAAAGCAAUUAUGGUUUCACAGUUUUGAGAGAUGAUAUUGUGCAUUGAAAGAUAAACAUACAAAAGAAACAGAAAAAUUUGUUGAAUUCCAUGCUUCAAGGUUUGUAGACUGGAGAUUGAUUACAUUAUAUAAAUCAUAUAUCUGAUACAUGAAGAGUAUUAAUAAUGAUGGCUAUGUUUUUUAAAGAAGCAGUUAUAUUAUUUAUAGGCCGGUCACACUGUACCACAAGUUUGGUGAGUUUAUACUGUUUCAGAAAUUAUUGAUUUUUAAAUUUAAGUCUUACAAAUGCACUUUUUCCAAAUAUUCUAGGAGCUGGCACCUUUGCAUUAUUUUGUUGAUUUUAGCCUCUUGAUCAUGAAUACGAUGGUAAAAAGACAUAAUA